CUCUCUUUCAUUCCAUAUUGAUGUUCUAUGAGUCCGUCCUGGCAAAGCUGAACCUUGAGCUUUGAAUCAGUCCAUCAAAGUGGAAGGGACGCGCCUUGAUGACGAGCGACCCAGUGGCAUCUCACGUAAGUUUACGAAGGAUGUUGUGCGUGCGCGAAGUAACUCCGUCAGGUCCUCCUUCUCACCCUUCUCAUUUCUCCCCUCUCUCCCUCGCCGCCCUCUCCCCCGGGAAUAUGGUCACCCAGCCCUGCGUCCCGAACGGUAGCAUUUUUUUGCGCCAGUCGUGGCGCCCAGUCGUUGCGGCCCGUUUUCGGCUGAGUGCUCACUCACCCGUGCUCGGAGCAAAACGUUCAAGCUGCCCAACCCGAUCCAUCAUCACAGCCAUGCGGGCUGCCCUGCUCUGCCUCGCCCUGCUCCUGGUGCCGGGGCUCGCAGCGCGCAACAAGUACGAGGACAUACUGGCGGCCCUCGACGGCCCAGAGGGCAGCUCCGAGGGAGGUGGCGCGUCCCUUGCGGAGGCGGCGCGCGGGGCCGAGGACGGGGACAAGGACGAGGACAACGCGACAGAGGUCCGCUCGGUGCCGGACGCGCGGCUGCCUGAUCUUGGCGGGGACUUCUCCUCGGCGCUGGAGGAGGGCUCCGGGGGCGCGCAGAACCGCAGCAGGAAGGGCUGGGGCGAGGAGGACGUGGAGUGCUUCUGCAUCGACUACUACGAGUACGUCGACUGGGACGACUACAGCCGGUACUCCGAUCCGGAGGACUGCAUGCAGGGCAGCAGCCGGUGCAACGAGAAGUGCGAGCGCGAGAGCAAGCACAUCGUCCGCUUCGAGGGGAUGCGGCAGACCCUCUCUUUCUGCGGGACGGACGAGGGCUGGCUGAGCCAGCGGCCAGAGUGCCAGUGCCUCGACGGGGCGGACACCUUCAAGCACUCGAACAAGAAGAAGGCCCAGAAGAAGUAUGGGAACCCGAACAUCCUCACGCAGUUCGCCGGCGGCGCCGCGCACGCGUUCGAGGGCUACGGGAGCAGCGCCGCCAACCUCCGCGCGUGCUACCAGAACUGCCCCAGCCUCUGCGCCUCGAAGAAGAAGCUCACGGGCGGGUGCGCCAUGCCGACCAGCGCGUGAGCCCCCCGCAGCCCACCGACGCGUGGGCCCCUCGCAGCCCACCGCGCCCGUCUCUCGUGUCUGGUCCCUCCUCUCCCUCGUGUCUGGCUGCCUCCUGCCCCGCUCCCCCCUCCCCGCCCCCCUCCUGGCCUCUCCGCCCAUCUCCCGUUCCCUUUCCCUCUGCUCCCAGGUGCCCGCAGGCCCGCGCGUCCAUGCGGCGCAGCUGUGCUGGACUCGGGAGCAGCUGGGCCAGGCUGUCGGGAAAAGAUCCGAAAGAAGGCACUCGUGGCACACUUGAAGGGGG